CGCCCCAGCUCAAGAUGCAGAGGUGCACUAGUUUCCUGUUUCUGUCUUUAAUCCUUUGUGCCACCCUGUCAGAAACACUCGGACUGGUUUUCUCAGCAAAAGAAAAAAGAGGUUGGACUUUGAAUAGUGCUGGUUACCUACUUGGGCCACGUCGUAUUGAGCAGCUUUUACUGAUAAAGGAAAUGCCCAUUGCAAGGGGGAGCGAAGAGGCACCAGGGGCAUAUGCAGUAGAUAACCACAGAUCUUUUAACGACAAACAUGGUUUCACUGGUAAACGUGAAAUACAGCCUGAUGAGGAUAUUAAAGCAGGAAAUCUUGGGAGACCACUGGCUGAUGAAAACAUUGUGCGCACAAUAAUUGAAUUUUUGACUUACCUGCAUCUUAAAGAGGUGGGAGUACUUGACAAAAUACCUUCACCAGAAGAAACAAACCAGUCUUGAAGAAUGCAUUUUUACUUUAUUGUUGUGUAGAUUUAGAUUGAACUCUAAACAAAAGAUCCAAAUGACCUGAAGAUGAGUAUUGUUUGCAUUAAUCUGAUAAAUGGAUUCUGCCCUCUGUUUGUAUUAUUUUGUUUGCUUUUUUUUUUCCUUCUCCUGUGAUGUCACAGUGUAAAAUUUUGCCUUUGUAAAAUUUUCCUGUAGGCGAAUGAUAAAAUAAAAAUAAAGAGCAACU